AUGGAACAAGCAGUUAGCAUCACCACUGCUGAUGGCAGACAACUCUCAGCAACCAAGAUGGGAGGAAUGGUCAACCUCUUGAGCUUUAGUCCCAAGAUGCAGCAGCAGGAGCAGAUGAUGUAUCAGAACUGCCUCCUUGUCUCUAAUCUCAUGACAAACUCCAUUGGCACCAAAUCAGUCACACAUGCUCAGGGUAAAGUAACCUUCAAAAAUGAACUUGCCACUGUCCAAGACAAACAUGGUCAUGCUAUCCAAGUGCUGACAGCUGGAAAUGGUUACCCUGCUGUUGCCAUGAUCAUAUGGGACAACAGCAUGCCUGAGCCAGCUAUCUACUUUGCCUUCACAGCUGAGACAAUGGACCCUGGGCAACAAUGCUGGACCUGCAACAAGGCUGCCCUAUGGCAUUGUAGACUGGGCCAUGCUAGUCAUGAUGUGACCCUAUGCAAGCAAAUGGUCACCCUUGCCCAUGACAUCCCCUUGCCUCCACCCACUCAGCCUGGCAUACUCUGCAACAUCUGCAUACAAAGCAAAGCCACCACAAGGAUGCCAGCUCACCCUAGACAAGUCAAGGCACCACUUGAGCUAGCUUUGAUGGAUGUAAUGGCCCCCUUGCAUGGUGUGACCAAGUUCACCUAUGUCCUGAUCAUCCAUGAUGCUUACUCUAGUAUGAUCUGGGUGCAGGACCUCACAAACAAGAGUCAAGCAUCCCAAGAAGCAGUGUGGUGGUUCUCCGAAAUUCGUGACACCAUGCGUCAAAUACCCUCAGAGGUGUGUCAUGGGCCUGGAUGCACAGGAAGAAGGAAGAUCCAUCAAGUCAUAUGA